AUGUCUUCUUCUCUGUCAACUUCUGACAAUUUUCAGGAUGAGGCCGUCAUAAAUAGUAUUACCCCUACCACUGCCACUGUUGCUGCCACUCCUACUGUUUCUGUCCCUACCCCUAGAACAUCAACUCCACAAUUUCGUUGCAACUAUUUACCAUAUCAACUUCACCAAUUCUUUACUGAUGAUACUCCAGAUUUACUAGCCUAUCAACUUCAAAACCUUCAUUUACCCACAGUGGAGGGCCAACUUCAAAUUCGUGCUGUUAUGAAUAUGAUUCAUUUUUUUGCUGAGAUCAAACUGAAUCUAAUUGAUUGUAUAGUUAUGAUUAAAUCAAUUUUGGACUGUAAAACUGGUGCACAAAUGGAGUCAAUUAGAAUACAAAUGGAUCAUGCCGUUGCAAAUGGAGAAAUUUAUCCUGAAGUUGCACAAUUAUUUGAUUACAUUGUUUGUACAACAUUUGACGACGGAGAAAAGACGAGCCAAUGGGACGGAAGCGAGUAUAUUGAUGCCGAAGAGUGUGAACACAAUCAAUUACAAGAUAUUGAAAUGUUGGUCUCAAGAAAUUUGACUACCAUGGAGAAUUUACUUGAGGACAUGAUUCUGGUUGUGACACAAACAGGUUUACGUCACCAUGUAGGUAAUGCUGAGGAAGUACCAAGGGAAAUUCGCCAGGUUGAUGAAGUGGAUGAAAUUAAAGAUUUAUCAAGAUUCGACGAGACACCUACACAUAAAAAUGAAGUUGUUCUGGAGCAGGCGGAAGAGGUUCAUAAGGUUAAUAAAAUUGAUAUUGUUGAAGAUGGUGAGGUCAAAGAUGUGGCGGAAAAGAUUAGCAAAGGAUCUGAUACUACAAAGGAUUUUGCCUCAGAGGUUGUGGAAGAGGUAGUAGAAAAAGUUGAUGGGACUUUAGAAGGAGAUUUAAAACACUUUACCAAUUCUGCUUCGGAAAAGAUUGUUUCUGAAGCUGUUGGAAAAAUCGAGGGAGUUGCAAAAGAGGAUGCUGGGCAGGUUGCAGAAUCUGCGGAGGCAAUUGCACAAGAGAUUUUUGAAAAAGUAAUUGACGAGGUUGUUGAAAAGCUUGAAACCGAGUCUAUUGAAGAGGUGAUUGAAGAAGCCUUUGAAGAUGUAAAUGAAACAAUUGAACAAGAGUCAAAAAACAUUACUCAAGAGAGAACUGAAACUAAUUUCAAGAAUACUAAGCUAUCCGAGGAAGUCUCUGAAAAGAUUAAUGAUCGCAUUGGUGAGAAAGUUGUUGAAAUCAUUGCUGGAGAACUUGCUGACAAGGUUAUUGAAAAAGUAACUGAAAAAAUGACUAAAGAGGUAACCGGAAAUGUUGCUGGAAAGAUCCCUCUGCACACUAUACAGGGCAGUGGUGGAGAGGUUGAGGUUGUUGCUGAAAAGGUUACGCUUGAUGAGUAUAGAGCAUUCAGUAGUUUUACUGAGUAA